CAGAUCCACGUAGUGCAGUGUGUUCAAGAAGAAGAACGAAACGGGUCGGUCAGUUCGCUCAAAGAUCCGCAGCCGCAGCCUUUGAUCUUUGUUUAUCUAUUCUAUAAUCUCGAUUUCUCUUUCAAAUUCCAAGUUUUAUCACUUCAAUUACCGACUCAUUUCGCCAUUUAUCCCGUCUCUCUUCUUAAGAUUUGGCGCUCUUCUGUUUUCACUCUGUUCGAUUUCUUCGGUGCCACAACACGGCUUGCGUCUCAAUUCUUGGCCUCUCUUUGUUUAUGUGAUUCGCUGUUGACUGUUGAGAGUAUCAUCGCGUGGUUCGAAUCUGUUUUUUGGGGUUUUUGUUUGAUGUAAUGGGUAAUUGGAGAGAACGGCCUAGGAGAAAUUUUCGGAAUCAGAAGCCUCCUUGGUCGGCGUUAAGAAAUUACGAUCAAGAUCCUCCGCUAGAGUAUUGGCGAGAUGGCAUUCCUUUAUGGGAAAAGAAAUUUUGCAAAGAGAUCGGCUGUGUGCCAUGGGGUAAAAUAGUUGAUUCCAAGAACUUUAUUUAUUGUCAUACUAAUGUAGUCAAUUGGGAUGAUUCUGCUUGUGAAGAGGCUUUCCAUAAUGCUAAAAGACGUUAUUGGGCAGCCAUUAACGGCCAUCAGUGUGAUAUCAAUCUGCCUGAUCCGGACAAAUAUAUUGAACAAAUCGAUUGGAGUCCAGAGAUGGAUCCUGAAUUGAUUGAGGAACUGGAUUGGGCAUACUACAAUCCUAAUAUGAAACAACAGGAUGAUUGGUUGGAGUGUAAAAAUAAAAGGACAAGGAACUCCAGUUCUGUUUGGACAGAAAGUCACAUUGAAGAUCCAGGUCAUGUGGGUAAUCCCUGGGAACAUGGUAACCAAUUCACUGAAACUAAACGACAAGGAUGGAGCCAGUGGAAUUUAAGUGAGUCGAGGCAGGUGAAUAAUGAUGGCAAUCCUUGGGACAAUAUCAUUGACCCAAGGAACAGGGGUAUGGUGGACACUGCCUGGAAGGAUAAAGGGAAUCAAGUUGUCACCUCCUGGAAGAAUAAAGGAUUUUCUAGAGAUGCAAGAAGUAUGGUAGACAAUGCCUGGAGAGCUAACGUGCAGUAUCAAGAUGGUGCUGCCACCUGGAAGACUAAAGGGUUUACCAGUGAUGCAAGAAAUAAUUCAUGGAGCAGGCACCAGCAGGGUGCCAGUAAUUUUGAUCAUUAUAAUAGGCCUGGGAAUAGCAAUUACAAUCGGAAUGUCAGAAAUUUACCUGAUAGAAUGCCGUCGAAUAUUCACGGUAACAAACAGGAGUGGAAAUAUAAGUAUAGGUAUGGCAAGAGGCCAAAAGAUGCACAAUUUGAUUACAUUGGAGGUAGGGAUCAAGGAAACAUUCCACCCAACCCACAAGGGGGAAGAUUUUGAUCAGCUGUUUCAUGUUGGAGGAUAUUCAAAGCUUCAAAGAGAUUAUUUUGGUUGUUGGAGUUGACUGGCCACAUGAAUUUUGAUUUUGCCCACUAGUAGCCAACCACUUCUGUUUUUGCUUUGAUACUGCAGGAUCAUCUAUGUUUUUGUUGGUAGUUUUUAACUUUAUUUCAACAAGAAUGACUGCAGAAUUUUUGGUAUAAAGAAUUGAAUAUGAGUGACUUGGUUCUUUUGCAGGUCAAUAGGUAGAUUCCUCCCCUUACAAUAUGCGAUCCUUGUAUGAUCAGGCCACAUUAAGUAUGUAUCAUUUUGAUUUGAGAAACCUCUUUUUGGGAGACUUUAUAGAGGCAAUAACAGCUCUACUAUCAAUCCAAUUAUGACUUGUAUGUGUGAUGGCCUAAUCUUAGCCAAGAACAUCGUGGAGCUCCAUUGUACAUCAUCUUGAUAAUCUCCCUCAUUCGCCAACCUUGCUAGUUGAUCUAUUCUCCUCAUUAAUGAUUGACUACUUUAAUUCACUUUUUGGUAUCUUUUUGCUUCACCUAUUUUACUUCAGAAUCAUAUUCUCACAGAUGAUUGGUUUUUUUCCUUUUUUUUUUCAAGAAGAAAUAUUCAGACAAUUGGCUUCUUAAAAAUGUGUUGUACACUCUGGAUAUGCAGUUUGUUCUUGUUCUUAGGUCCUUGUUCUGAGAAAUGAGAAUUCUGCUGUUGGGAAUAUGAUAAAACCAUGAUCUGGAAAUAGGAGGACGAGGGUAUGAGUCCAACACGGUUGGCCAACACAGAAGAAGAAAGUUCCAAGUGGGAAGAGGUAAGUCCCUCUCAAGCAUGUUAUUUUCAGCCUCCUUGUGUUGAUGCUCUGUUUGCUUAUGUUCAGCUAUUCUUGUCAUUGCUUUUAAGGUCUUUAGUAGGAAAAAGAGCCUUGAACAGAGCAUUUAACCUUUUCUCGAGUGUCCAAUGAAAGAAUUAUAAGAUUUAAGAGUGCAGGAUGUUUAAUUUAAGGAAUGGACAUUGAUUGGUUGAUGUGUUUGGUUACUCUUCUUUGUGAGGUGAAAAUGUUCAACUCUUUUGUAUAACACAUCCUUUCUCAUUUAUCACUGGCAGGUAAAGAAAUGAUUCAGGUACGGCUUGUUUGAUAACGUCCUUUAUUUUGCUUUGGUCUUCUGCAUAAAAAAAAAAAUCAUGUUUAUUUACUAACCAUGAACAGAACUAAAUGCAAAAUUGUUAUCAAAAUGGGAUCCAAGAAAUUUCUUGUAGGAACACUGAUGGAUUUGCUGUUAGCUGCAUAAGAUUCAAAAUUUCAGGUGUCUUAAUCUCACCCAUUUUCUGAUUUACUUUGGCUUCUGUGUUGUAAAUUGCAUAAUUGGACGGCUAGUUUUGGUUUGAUCAGAUCUUCUGGUGGCAGAGUUGCGUGCUUGGAUUGAAAUGCUGAAUGAAAAUAAACUGGCUGAGGGUUGUUGUUAAUCAACACUGGUUUUGAGUGGUUUUGCUUGCAGCCUUGACUUAUUACUGCUUCUAUUCACUCUCUCGUCCAGUGAUAAUCCUCAUCUUGUAGUAUUUUGUUUAUAAGUACAAGUAGGGUAUAAGAUUCUGAACAACAAUGUAAAUUUUAUAUUUAAAUUUCAAUUUUUAAGAUUGCUAGUUGAACAUUUUAACUAGAUUUUUA